AUGAGCAUUGACGGCGAAUUUCUUCGAAGUGUGGAAGUGAAGUCAGAUGAUAACUUUGGCAACUCCUUAAAUGCUUCCAAGGAGAUCCCAGCAGGAAAACUGAUCGGAAUCAUAGACAAGACGGCAGCAAACGAUCCAAAUGCUUUAUUGAUAUUGAAUCUGAUAAAAGAGGCCAACGAGAACGAACUCGCUAAUAUUUGUGUUCGCCAGUUGGAUAACAAGACUUUCUUACAAACAGCCAGAGCUAUCACUAGUGGUGAACGUCUUCUGCUCACCAGGUUCAACGACGACGUUGAAGAAGAAGACGACGACGAGCUGAUAGACAUCGACGGCAAGGACGAAAGACCUGAGGAAGAAGAAGAAAGUAGUGACGUAGCUUCAACUGACGGUGGCAGAGAAAGUGGAGAGCUUGAGCCCGGACAGAUUCCAGCCGAAGGGCAAAUUCACAAGUGCACCGUUUGUCCAAAAAGCUUCUCGAGUGCUAGUGGUUUGAAGCAGCACUCACACAUCCAUUGCAGUUCAAAGCCAUUCCGUUGUCACAUCUGUAAUAAAGCUUACACGCAAUUUUCAAAUCUUUGCCGACAUCGUCGAGUUCAUUUGCAUCGUACGGUCGCUGAAAUGGCCGCUAGUUUAUAUAAGCCAAUGGCAGCUCCAGUUGUUCCAAGCACUCCAACGACCAACAAUCUUCUAACGCCAGGAGCCGUGGCUACUGCUGCUUCUCCUUUUGCCAGCAUUGCACCUCUCAUGGCACCCAUGUUACCUUCACAAUAUUGGGCUAAUUUCAUGCAGAUAGCAUCUCAGAUGCAGCCUUUUUCAUUUGGAAUAUUUCCGGGUAUGGAAGCUUAUAGUAAAAUGCUGGCUGCUGUCUCAGAUGGUGAAAGUUCUCCAAGAUCAAGUGGACAUGCCAGUGAGCAUUCACCUUGCGAUCGAAAGAGUCCUUGCUCCGAUUCAGAAACUUCUCCCAGUUCUGAAACCAAGCGAGAAAAGGAACGAAAGGAGAACAGUGAAAGCCCUGAUUCUGGACAUGAAGAUGAUGAUGUGAAGAAAGAUGACCUCGUACAACCUUUGCCAACGUUAAAUCCAUUCAGUCCCAAUAGCUUCUUAUCUCUGCUCCAAAGACCGUUUACAUACGGCGGAACAAGCCCUUUCUCUCUUUCCUCCCAAUUACCCAAGUCUGCUAAAGACAGAUAUACUUGUAAAUUCUGCCAGAAGGUUUUUCCCAGAUCGGCAAAUCUCACUAGACACCUCCGAACACAUACAGGAGAACAGCCAUAUAAGUGCCAAUAUUGUGAACGAUCCUUCUCCAUUAGUUCCAAUCUCCAACGCCAUGUUCGGAACAUUCACAACAAGGAACGGCCGUUUCGUUGCCCACGUUGUGACCGCUGUUUUGGACAACAGACAAACCUAGAUCGCCAUCUAAAGAAACACGAUGCUGCUCCUGAUCUCCCACUUGCCACUAUGCUGGCCAUAGGCACCUCAUAG